AUGGAUAGCUACAAUCCACUGUACGAUGUUCAUUUACGGCAAUACUUUGCAUCACCGCAUAUGCAAAAACACCUCAGGAACCUUGGUCUAUUGCAAGGUGACGACAGUGAAGAUUAUUGCGAUGAAAAUCAACUGUACGCAAGACAUCACAUGAUGAUGGAUAUGAUGCUACGCAAUAGAGAAACACAACUUGCAAAGUUGGCUGAUAUUCAGAAAAAGUUGGACGCUGCUGAAAAAAUCGAAAUCUGCCGAAAAAUUCGAGUGAGUCGUCGGCAAUUUGAAUAUUUGCAGAGUGGUAUUACAAGUCCAGAAACAUUCAGACGUGCGAAACCAUCUCGAAGUCUGAGUAGAAGUCGAUUCAGCGCGUUGAACAGGAAGAGAAGAUCUUCGACAAGUACUGAUGACAAGGAUUUGAUCAAAAAAAUUGAAAGCGACACAGCAGAACCGCAAGAUGGAGAUCCGAACUACGUGUACAAUAGACUGUCGGCAAGUGCCGGCAAGUUUCGCUAUAUGCAUAAGUUAGAUGACGAAACAUUAUCAGCGUAUAUGGAGCAACUGAGGCGGCAGCUGGACAAAUUGGAACGUUUUCGAGAAGUGUCAUUUGGACCGAAUUCAGUGGCGAAGCACCAAACCGAACCACACCUUUCAUGGUUCUUCCGACGCAGGUCACUACCCAGUUUGAGCGAUUCGGAACAGGCUAACCCACUGCAUGAGCCGUUGAGGUACUAA